ACAAGGUUGAAAGGAUCACAGUUAAAGUCCUAUUUAUCUUGGAGUUUCUCUUAUAUCACACAUGUUAAGGAAUCUAAAUACUUAGGGCUUCCCAGAAAUGAGAACUUCCAAAGGUGCCUGGCCAGACCUUGCCUUUGAACAUGGGUCUCCUCUCCAGCUCCACACAUUUUCUUCCUCAACAUUCUCCAUUCAAAACUCCACUAUCUUUCCUGGAAAAACUACCAGUUCCCACAGGAAGGGCCAUCACUCCCUGGAUUCACCCAAGUUUGAUACUCUGGGCUUUGGCUGGUGGACAUGGAUGCUCAUCUUCAGCUCUCUAAGAGACAGUGAAUUUCACCAGGGCCAUCACUGAAGAUUCCAUACUGCUGCCACUGCUAAUGUGUCCUCAGGUGGUACAUGGUGAGGAGAUUGCUUCUGGGGAACUUGGCCACCUCUCCCACCUGGUCAAGUCCUGUCUGACUAUUUCUGGCUUAGCAGAUCUCCCCCUAAGGUCCAGUUGUGACUCUGACUCAAUCCCUGACAUGAGAAGUUGACCCCAGAACUCUGUUGAGGCAAAGGGAAGAUGUAGGACUACCCAGCUCCGUAUAUCAGGACUCGUUUAUCUGCCCUUGCUGCUUUCCUGUUCCCCAAGGUGUGAGUGAAGUGGAGCACCAACUCAGUUCUCAGACUUGUUCUCAAUGUAUUUGGAGUUUCUAUCAGAAUGUCUAUCAACUACGGGGAUGAGGCCCCCUUCAGGACAGUGCCUUAGCCUCAGUGGUGGAAGGAAUGGCUUUUAAGAAAAGGAAAAAGCAGGAUUAAUACAAGUGAAAAUACAAUGUGAGGUCUCCACGGAAAACAAAGGCUCUUGUUUUUAAUGUUUGCGGAUUUCUGUGGUGCAUCUACUCCCAUGAUUGCCAAUUUCAACCUACUGAAGUGAUGUCAGUGAAUAUGGAGUUUGGAAGAGAUGCUAACUACUGUCUCUGUCAGGAAUAUGAGAAAUGAAUGUAAAGUGAGAAAGAGGAACUAAACCAUGGUUUAUAUAGUCUGGCCUCCCUCAGAAGUAGAAAAGUGGAGAAGUAGGAGUAAACAGAAAGAUAAUGCUUACAGUACGUAAAAAGCAAGUGGAAAGAUGGCCUGUCAUGGAUUAUGUUCCUGAGCCAUUAUCAAAGAUAAAGUUUAUGUACUUCAUUUGUACUGCUCCUUGUAUAUAUUCUGCUGUGCCUAGGACUGAACUUGUCACAUUGAGCACCCAAUAGUCCUAUCAAUGUUACAGUUCUCUAGAGAAGAAAUCAGAAAAGUGCUCCUUUUUUUCAAAUCCACUAAUAGUGAGAAGAAAAGAAGAAAACUAUGUUACAAGCUUUAACUGGACUCCAAUUUCAGCUGAAAGAACAAUUAGGAGAAAAGGAGAGGAGGCUUCGACUCAGUCAGGAAACCAGGGCCCUGAAUACAGAGUUCCACAUGCAGUUUUCAUGCAAACCAGUGUUUCAUAGACUUUUUCCAGUAAGACCAGAAAUUUCUACAAGUCAAUUACCAUACUUUUCCAAGGUCCCAGCACACCUGGAAAGUCCUGCAAGGCCUCAGCUACAGAAAGCCCAGAGACAGCAAGUAAAUUCUUUCAUGACGCUUGACCACCAGAUCAUCAGCCAGACUCUUAAGCAGUCACAACCUCCAAGCAGUGCAGUCCUGGUACAGCAUGGACACACAACUCCGGACAGUGAUGCUGGCCCCACAGGAAACCCACUCACCAAGUUACUAACUCUUGGGAAAGAAGAUGACAGUGCAGAAUGGCAUAUGGAGGACGUUAUUGAGGAUAUAAUCGGUAUGGAAUCAAGUUUUAAAGAGGAAGGAACAGACUCUCCUCUGCUAAUGCAAAGAACAUUAUCUGGAAGUAUUUUGGAUGUGUAUAGUGCCGAGAAGGGAAUUUCACCAGUUAAGAUGGGACUUACAAGUGCUUCCUGUCCAAGUAGUCUACCCAUGAAAAGAGAAAUUACAGAAACUGACACUAGAGCUUUGGCAAAAGAAAGACAAAAAAAGGACAACCACAACCUCAUUGAAAGAAGAAGAAGGUAUAAUAUUAAUUACCGAAUCAAGGAGCUUGGCACUCUUAUUCCAAAGUCUAAUGAUCCUGAUAUGCGCUGGAACAAAGGAACCAUUCUAAAAGCAUCAGUGGAGUACAUCAAGUGGCUACAAAAAGAACAACAGAGAGCCCGAGAAUUAGAACACAGACAGAAGAAAUUAGAGCAGGCUAACAGGCGACUUCUACUCCGGAUUCAGGAACUAGAAAUACAGGCUCGUGCUCAUGGUCUGCCAACCCUAGCUUCACUUGACACGGUUGAUUUAGGUGCUCAUGUCACCAAACAGCAGAGCCAUCCCGAGCAGAAUUCAGUAGACUAUUGCCAACAACCAGCUCUGUCUCAGGGGCCGAGCCCUGAGCUCUGUGAUCAAGCUAUGGCCUUCUCUGAUCCUUUGUCACACUUCACAGACUUAUCAUUUAGUGCCGCUUUGAAAGAGGAACAAAGACUGGAUGACAUGCUAUUGGAUGACACGGUAUCUCCGUUUGGAACAGAUCCUCUGCUAUCUGCCACUUCCCCUGCAGUUUCCAAAGAGAGCAGUAGGAGAAGUAGCUUUAGCUCAGACGAUGGUGAUGAGUUAUAAGAAAUAAACAGGCUCGGUUCAUCAGCUGGGAAACAGUUCUAUGCUGGUGCUCUGCAGUUAUGUUCUGUGUUUCACAUGUUGCUUUGGCUUAAUUUUUCCAAAAGAAGUAUGUCAUUCAUAAAAAAACUGAUUGAUUAGAAGCAACAGAAGAAUUUGCAGGAAGAAAAAACAUGGUGUUAAUUAUUGAGAGCUAAAAAAUGUAUUUUCCUUUUAGACUACAGAGUUUAAAUCCACUUAAAUUUUGGUUUCCUGGAAAGAGAUACAGCAUAAGAAAUACCUCUUUGUUGAUGUUUUUAAAGCAGCAUCUUGGCAGUGUACUAUUGGAAAACGACUGCAAAGUGUAAAUCAACUGAAAUAUACAAACCUUCCCUUAGUCUUUCACUUCCAUCCUCUCGUCAACUCUUACAACAUCAGUUUUCAAGAAUCAAGAUCAACAUACCUGGUGGCCUCUGCCUUUCUCCAUUGUCUGAUGGACACAUAAGUUCAACCCCUCUAGAGGAAAUAAUUCCAAAGUAGGUUAUCUGUCACUUAAAAUGGAAAAGUGAAUUUACAAUAAACGUGAGAAUUUUCCACAAUGCAAUACAGAAAAUUUACGAAAACAUUGGUUACUAAACUUAGAUCCUGAUUCCUUUAGUUGGUUCCAUUACACUAAUUCUAAAAGCAUCCUUGCAUAUUUAUAUAUCCAUGCUUGGUUCCAAAAGAAGAACACAUUAAAUGUUUUCCUCAGCAAUGUGCUCUAGAAUUUUAUUCCUUCACACAAACAUACACCCACACACAUGCACACAGAGCAGGUACUAUAUGUUCUUUCUUUUUCUUCAUUCUUCUUCUAAUAAAUAUCAGAAGCAUGUUCCAAAUCCUCUUUUGUUCAUCAAGAAAAGAUGUCAGAGGAUCAAUUUCAGUAAAUAAAAUAUUUAAAAAUCCCCCUACUAUGACAAUUUGUCAGGUGUUUAAAAGUUAUCAUCAUGUCCUAUAUUGGAUAUAGGUUAAUUAAUCGUUGAUAUAUUUUUUGCUCCAAAUUUACAAAAUAUUGAAAAUUGUAUUGCCAGCUGACAAAUUCAUUACUGAAACAGAAACUAUUUCAUAUUACAUUCAGUUCUACAUAGAGGAUAAAGUUCUACAUUCAGUUCUGAGUAGAGGAUAAAGUUCUAGUCCCAUAAGUGCUCAGUACUUGCCCUAGGAUCUUUGGUUGCUUUGUUAGCAUUGAUUAUAAAUAUUUAUAUCUAUGAUGUUUCACUGAGAUUUUUAUCUCUUAAACUUGUUUUAUGUUUGGGAAUUGAGUUAGCAAGCAUGUUGCUCUAUGCUCGACCUCCAUGAGUGCUCAUCCAAUCAAUGAGUAUUUAUGGAGGGAUACUCAGAAUUGCAGUGUGUCCUGUGAAAAUGUACAACAGAUGAGCAAGAUUUGAUCUUACUCCUAAGGAGUUAACAAGGACUACAUGAGAAACAACAACAAAGCAUAGAAGACAUAUAAAGUUGGAAUCUAAGCACAUGCUAUAAAUACAGAAGGUUGGAGAUUAUGAAAAUGAAAGACGAAGUCUAUGGGGAUAGCAGAAUUUAACUUCUCUUUUAAAGGCAUACAUUAGGUGAAAAGAAGGGCAUAUAAAGGAAUAAUAUUAACCAAAUGAUAAAGGUGAGAAUCAGUUGGGGAGACAUCUUCAUGGGGCAUUCAUUAGAAAGAUCUGGGGCUCUAGAAGAUACCUGCUGAGGAAUUCUGGAAAAUAAUGUUGGCAACGGGUUGUGGAGGCCCUUGAAUACUAGGGUGAAAUCAUAUUGUAGAAAUGAAAUUUUUUACUAGAAAAGAGAAGCCUAAAAAUAAGAUAUAAUAAUAACUUGAUUGAGAUGUAAUCGUUACGAAUAGUAAACUUUGGGAUACAUUUUUGAAAGGACCUUUUAGGUAUUUCUUACAUGGAAAAUACAUCAUCACAAAAUUUGAAACCCUAAUGUUGAUGAAAGCGGAGAAAUUGUAAAUCCUCAUGGCAUACUGAUUAUCUCAGGCUUAACUUAUAUAUCUCAGACUUUGGAGAACUAACAUGAUUUUCAUUGUCUGACAUGGAAAAAUAAUUACUAAUUUCUAGGAAUAGUCAUUAAAGCCAGAUAGGUAAAGUCAUCUGAAAUUAGCCACGUGAAACAGAAGAAUUAGGUAUACUUUCUCAAUAAUUUUCAAGAGGAAAUUAUACACUUUGAACUUUAUGACAAAAUUCCACUUUACUAUCUGAGUUGACGAUUUGAUUUAACAUUGCAAAUUAUAGAGAAAGAAUGUAUUUUAGGAUUUAUGGAAAACACACCAUUCUAGAUAGAGGCUGAUUUCUGUUCUCAUUUUGUCCACUAUUCUCAUUUCUUCAUAUUCUGAGAAGACUUACACUGAUGAUGUCAUUACUUUGUUAUCAUUUUCCAUGCUGUUGAAGUACUACUACUUGGCCCUGAAACCUAUUCCUCAUAAUCUUGGCUGACACAGAACUUGGAAUAGGAUGGUGGAGCCUGGAUGUGAGAUCUGGAGAGGGGACUAAUAAUGCUGCUACAUUCAGAUUAUGAGAUGUCAGGGAAUUGUAACAUGGGUAAUGGAUUUUUAAAGAGUAAAGAGUAGUUUUGUGUCCCAGUCAACUGAAGUAUAUUAAAAAUUAAUUAGACAGUAGUUCUUAAUUUUUUAAGCAUGAUCUCCUGAGAAUCUAGUGAAAGUUAUAGACUCUGUCCCUAGAAAAAAUGCAAAACAGUAUGUAUAGACAAUAAUUUGCCUGCCUCCAGAGGUCUUAGGGGCCUCCUGAAUGGAUCCAGGUGAAAAAUUUCCAUAUCAGGUCUGUUACUUUAAUGGAUAGUUCCUUAGCUAUGAAUCUAUCAAGAAAUAGGUGUUUGGUUAAAUUCAUAUAUAAUGAUAGAGGAUGGAGCCCUACUUAUCUGAAUAUAAUUAUCCCAAUCCUAAUGAUAAAGUUGCAUAGGAAAGUAAAAGUUUACCAAACACUAGAUUAUUCACUAAGAAAGUUGUUCCCUUAUAAAGUAGUCCCCUUCCAAACACCUCCUCUCCCCUCAGCAGAUUAUACCUCCUAUGUCUUAUAUAGUUAUGGGUCAGUUUCUCUGUAAUUAUUGAAUGCUGUAAACAUCAGACCAUAACAUUUUGAAAUGAUGCAAAUAAAUUUUAAAGUAAAAAUAAUGUAAAUUUAGAAGCCAAUUAUGUAUCUAAAAAUCAAGAUAGACCCUUAGGAUAAUUGAUGAAUACCUAGAACACUUUUGCAAAAAUAAAACUUCUCAUAACAGUAAAAGAAGUAUAUUGUUCAUCAAACAAUUUUGUCAUGAAAAGCAUCAGCUAUCUCAGGAAUAUUAAUACACAAUUAACCAAGCCUUAUUCAUUCAAAAAUAAUGCAUAAUUGCAAUUAUAAUAAAAAUUCCUUUAAAAUAAGAUAAAAUAAUUUCAUUAUUUUUAGUUGUUUUUUCAAGAUAAUGCCCCAUCCAAUCUUUUUCUCUAUUUAUUAUAAACUGCUGGCUGCUUAUUGGUGGAUUCACAUUAAACAGCCUUUUCCAACUCCAAACUAUCUUAAACUAAUGAGGACCUCCUGUCUAUUUAUUUAUUUAUUUUUUCCGUUUUAGUGUCAUUUCUUCUUGAGCUUUUCUUAUAUAUGCUGGAUAAUAUAUGUACAGAACAUGUUUCCUCAACUUACAGAAGUGUCAGUGGCCAUAGCUUUCUUUAUGUAGGUAAAAAGUUCUAAAUAAGAAAUAGCCAGAUGAGCUGGGGACGUUGAGAAAUAGCCUUUCUCCUUCUUUUUCAAGUCAUUUUUUCCCACCCAAAUGACUAAAAAUCAAAUAUGUAAUAGUUCUUACUUAAAAAGAGUAGACACAACAAAAUUGUUGAUUUGGUGUGCUCAUUUACCAUAAUUUCAGGGAGAAGUUAGAUUUCACAACGUAAAGUUUUUACUUUACUUUCAUUUUUACUUUAAUGAACUGUGUCAUAUUGGAAUUUUCUUAUACUUAAAAGUAUCAUGAAAACUUUUUUUCUGUUCUGAUAUUGUGGAAUUUAAAUAUUUAAAUAAAUAAAUGGAAUAACUAAGUGCUUGAUGUUUUUUACAAUGUCUCUGGCUUUGUAAAAGCAUUUUAGGUAUUUACUGAUCAUCCGAUAUCUAAAAUGUGGCUAAAAACUGGAAUCAACAAUUUUGCUGUGUUAUCAGUGCUAGAUCAACCAUCUGUGUUUCUUAAAAACACCUGAAGGAUUGAAUUUUGCUUCAGUAUUGAUAAUGGCACAGUCCAUAUGUGUUACAUGGAAUUACAUCAUUUGCUCCUCCAAUGCCCCUUAUGUUGAUAAGUAUGUCAAUUUGAGUUAGUGUAAGUUACAUAGAGAUUUAAUUACAUUUACUUCACAAAUACUAAACAUAUUUGGAGUGUUGCUGAUCUCAUGAGUCAUAUGACCCUCCUGAAAUCAUUGUUCUUUGGUAUUCCAAUAUUUUAUUAUUUGUAUGAUUUUUAAUUUGAAAACAAGGAAACUUGAGAAAAAUAGCUUUUUAAAAAAGUUUUUUUGUGCUACAUUUCCCCUGUGAGGUUUAUAGAGAAUUUGAGUAUAUAGGAGAUUAUCAGAAAACAGUUAUUUUGAUUUAGGAAAAAAGUCUUCCCCAGGAUUCAGUCUAUUUAAUGAUGAAAUACUAUUGUCUACUGCUUUAUGUACAAAAGGGAACUUUUUAUCUUCUUGUAAAGGGAUUUAUAUGUGUAUUUCUGCAUAAUCAGAUGAUUUCUAUUGUGCUUUCUACUGAUGAAAUCCUCUGUAAAAUGUCUUUUUCCUACAUUAUCCAACAGGCUUAAAGAAUAAAACUAAAGACUUGUGUUUGCAACACUACCUCUUCUAUUCCCGUACUACCUUUUUAUUUUAAAAAUUCUGUAUUUUGAGCUUUAUUUUUUCCACAGAAAUAAAUCUGGUUUAUGUGCGAUUUUAAAGCUGGUAGUUAUAUAUAACAAACAAAAUAUACAAAAGAAUGGGAAGACUAUUAUAUUGCUGAAAGAAUUAUAUAAAUCUGGAAGUUACAUAUUGUUCUUUAAAACAUGACCACUGAGAUUUAAAAACAGCUAAAUUCAAGGAUCUUAUCUAAUAGCAUAGCAGUUGCUUAUGGCACACAAGGCUAAAAUUAAUUCAGCUAUUUAAUCUUAAUAAUAACAAUGUAGUUAAAAUUCUUUGACUUUAAUAGCAUUUUAUAUAUACAAAUGGCUGAAGUAACAUUCCUAUAAUUUUAAUCUAACAUUGGUUAGAUCAAGAAAACAUUGUUAAUGUAAUAAGACUGUAGAAUUUGUAAUUAUUGCUAUUUUUCAUUUUUAAUAACAAAGUAAUGUGUCUUAUUUUCUAGGAAAAUGAAAAACAUUGGUGUACUUUAAUACAUACAUGAAUCUUUGUAUAAAUGCCUUAAAUGUACUAAUAUUUUCUUUGCAUAUAUUAAAUUAAAGGAUAUAAUUAUUAAA